CACCAGUCGUGUCUUCUUGUUCAUCCUUUGUUUCCUUCUCACUGUUAUUUCCCUUACUUAAAGUCGCAAACUUUGCUUCGAAUUCAACCCAUCUCUCUCUCAUCUUCCCUUUGCAAUCAAAUCUCCAACGAAAUCAAAUCUCUCUGCUCAAUUCUCACUCCUCUGGGGUUCUCGGGAUUCUCAAAUGGAAGGCGGCUCCGCUAUCGGGUCGGCUUCGACUCUGUCAAACGAUGAAAACCUCGUCGUCUCUUCGGAGGACUCUUCUUCUCCGACAGAGAACGGUCUCGAGCUUCGUCUUACGUUGAGCCUUGGUCGUAAGGGGUAUCGAGAGUGCAGAGUUUCUCACGCUGAUGAUUCUUCUUCUUCAUCGUCAUCGUCAGCACCUUCUUCCUUGAGCAGAGCUAGCGUCACUGCUGGGAUCAAACGAACAGCUGAUUCCAUGGCACCUACUAGUGGGCAAGUUGUGGGAUGGCCACCAAUAAGGACUUACAGGAUGAACAGUUUGGUUAACCAAGCCAAGACAUUGGCUGUGGAAGAAGAUCCACAGGGAGUAGUAAACAGGAAUAUAAGCGAUGCAACAAAGGUGAGAAGUUCCAUGUUUGUGAAGGUGACUAUGGAUGGUAUUCCCAUUGGAAGGAAAAUCGAUCUAAAUGCUCAUAACUGCUAUGAAUCCUUGUCCAGUACUCUCGAAGAUAUGUUUCUUAAACCCAGAACAAUAUCAAGCACACAAGAAACAGAUGGUCACUUGGAAACAAGGCUUAAGAUACUACCAGAUGGGUCUUCUGGAUUAGUACUAACAUACGAAGACAAGGAAGGAGAUUGGAUGCUUGUUGGUGAUGUUCCGUGGAGGAUGUUUAUUGGUUCUGUGAAAAGGCUCCGGAUAAUGAAAACAUCAGAAGCUACUGGUGCAGCUAAAAUGAACUUAUAAAGCAUAUAAAUAAACUACAAGAACCAUUUAUGUUUGAAGCAAAUAAUAAGACAGAUCAAAGAGAAGACAACAACAAUGUAAGAAUAUCUUUGCCUUGGCUCUGCCAUUUUAUUUAGUUAGCUAUAUUGUUCAAGUUUGUAAAUCACCAAACGUUUCAGAGCAAUGCACAAGUUAAUAAAUAUCUGUAAAGAGAGCAAAGUUAUUCUA